AUGGAAGAGGAGUUUACAGAGUGGGACCAAUUUAGCUCUGAUUCGUGCGAAACCCUGAAAUGGAUUCCUUGGUUUGCCUCUCUGGAAGGACACGAAUUUUUGUUAGAAAUUGAGGAAUCGUUUGUAAGAGAUCAGUUCAAUCUAAGUGGACUUAAAAAUAUUAGAAAUUAUAAUGGAGCUAUGAGCAUGAUCUUAGGCCCAGCUCCUACGGAAGAAGUUUUCAUGGACGGGAAAUUUCUUGAGCUUUAUAUGAAUGCCACCGACUUAUACGGAAUGUUGCAUUCGAGAUAUAUAACGACGCCAAUAGGUCUUCGGAGAAUGAGAGACAAGUAUCAACAGGGAGUGUUUGGUCAGUGUCCUAGGGUGGAAUGUCAGAGGCAGAACGUUCUCCCGGUCGGAUUCAGCGACAACUUGCACAACCAUAGAAUAAAGACGUACUGUCCGCGAUGCCAGGAAGCAUACGUAAUAAGAUCUGGAGAAGUCCACGCAGAUAUAGACGGGGCGUUCUUUGGAAGGUCGUUCCCGCACCUGUUCCUGCUGACCUUUCCGAACCUAAUACCAGAUCAACCCCCGGUGCCAUUUGUGCCAAAAAUUUUCGGUUUCAAAGUUCACAACAUAAACUCAUUGAUAAAAAUAAAGCUGGAAAAUGGGGAAUUUGGAGUCACGAACAAGGCGGAGUCCCCAUCGCAGGAUGAAAUGAAAGUGGAUGAGUAA